CGAAUCGUGGUCUGGAGGGAUUCACCCUUCCUCUAACCCUCCCCCCUCCUUCCCAUCAUGUCCUCGGCUAUGCAACAGCGCAAGGCCGAGAUCCUUGCCAAGAGAGCCAAACUCGCCGAACUGAAGCGGCAGAGAGAGCUGCGGCAGAAGGAAUUCUCGCAAACCCGAGCUAACACCGGCGAUGCUUCUGAGGUAGAGAGACCCUUUCCCCCUCACUCAUGGUCUCCCAUGUCGCUUGGAAAAGGGGCCAGCGCUCAAGUCUACUUGUCUUUCUAGGUCGUCUCCCCUGCCCCCAGCCGCGCAGAUAGUCGAGCUGAGCUCGAUGAUCUUAUCUCAC